AUGGCUCCUCUUCAGACCGCCGUGCGGUCGACCCCUAAGGUUGCUCAGAACUUAUUGCGAAGGCAGCCGAUUUCCGACAUUGCAAUCACGCGGACUGGCAAACCCAUUCUACGAACCCAGGGCGGAAGAUCCUCCCUCGGCGGCCACACAGCCACCGUUUUUGGUGCAACGGGCCAGUUAGGACGCUACAUCGUAAACAGAUUGGCUCGCCAGGGAUGCACCGUCGUUGUGCCAUUCCGCGAAGAGAUGGCCAAACGCCAUCUCAAGGUUACCGGUGACCUUGGCCGUAUCGUCUUUGUUGAAUACGAUCUGCGUAACACCGAAUCAAUUGAGCAGAGCGUCAGGCACUCAGACGUUGUCUACGACCUGGUUGGCCGAAACUAUCCCACCAAAAACUUCUCUCUUGAGGAUGUCCAUAUCGAGGGUACCAAGCGAAUAGUCGAUGCCGUGGCCAAGUACGACGUCGACCGUUACAUCCACGUCUCUAGUCACAGCGCGAAUCUUGACUCGCCUUCCGAAUUCUACCGCACCAAGGCUCAGGGCGAGCAAAUUGCACGCAGCAUUUACCCCGAAACCACCAUCGUUCGGCCUGCCCCUCUGUUCGGUUUCGAGGACAACCUUCUUUUGAAGCUUGCUUCCGUUCUGAAUCUUCUUACGGCGAACAACAUGCGCGAGCGCUUUGCUCCUGUCCACUCUAUCGACGUUGGUCAUGCUCUUGAGCUUAUGCUCUACGACGAUAACACUGCAGGACAGACUUUCGAGCUCCACGGACCCAAGACGUAUGCCAUGUCUGAGAUUGCGGAGAUGGUCGAUCGGGAGAUUUUUAAGCACCGCCGCCACAUCAACGUCCCCAAAAGCCUGCUGAAGCCGAUCGCCGGCCUUCUUAACAAGGCCCUUUGGUGGCCUACAUUGUCCGCCGACGAGAUAGAGCGCGAGUUCAUCGAUCAGGAAAUCGAUGAGACGGCUAAGACAUUUAAGGACCUCGGCAUCGAGCCCGGUGAUAUCAGCAAGUUCACAUACCACUACCUGCAAGGGUUCCGUAGCGGCAAUUUCUACGAUUUGCCGCCUGCGACUGAAAAGGAGAAGAGGGAAGAGCGAAAGUAUCUGCAUGUUGGCGAUGAGCUGUGA